AUGUUGGGCAUGGCAAAAUGCCUCGUCCUGAUGGCCUGCCAUAUUGUCACUCUCUCAGCCCGCAAAAACCUCAUCAUUGACACUGACUUAUUCAGCGACUGCGAUGACGCCGGCGCGCUUCUCCUUGCGGCAACCUCUCCAGACGUCAACCUGUUAGGAGUGAACAUCAAUUCACAAUCCUCAUAUUCGGUCCUGGCCGCUUCGGCCAUCCUCGAUCAUUACGAUCAUGGCCAAGUCCCCAUCGGCGCUCGCCGUCCGCUAAACGAUGCACCUUUCUUUGACAGUUGGACCAAGCGUCUGGGAGAGUUUGCGAGCAAACUCGCAACUCACUGGCCAAAGAGCAUCGCAGACGCCGACGACGCCUGGGACCCCGUCGAGCUGUACCGCAAACUGCUCGCCGAUGCCGAGGACAACUCGGUGACCAUUGCAUCCAUAGGGUUUCUGCACAAUCUCUCCAAUCUUUUAAACUCAACGGCCGAUGCAUACUCUAACCAUACAGGCCCCGAGCUGGUGAAGACCAAAGUCAAAGAGCUCGUUGUCAUGGGUGGGGACUAUCCGGAUGGCUAUGAAUUCAACUUCUGGGGCGACAACCCAUAUAGUACCGCACAUGUGGUACACAAUUGGAAGACCCCUAUUGUCUACGCCGGUUUCGAGCUUGGAGCCUCUGUUCUCUCAGGGGGGCCUCUCAUGGCCGAUGGGCCCAGGACCGACCCGGUGAGGGCUGCGUACAUUCUGUACACAUACUAUCAGCCGCGGUGGUCUUUCGACCCAAUCGCAAUGCUCUACGCCAUCGAAGGCCUCGGUGAGCGCUUUCGGUAUGGGAAUACCCAUGGCUAUAACACAAUUACCCUACACGGGGAGGACGGUUGCAACGGUUGCAAUGUCUGGGUUUACGACGAGAACGUCACGAACCAGCACUGGCUUGAGACGAAGAUUAGUUACGACCAGCUCGGGGAAAAGCUGGACAAACUCUAUAUCCGAGGAGCAGAGUCCUCAAAGAGGAGUUCAGAUCGGGUAGGGGAGCUUCCCAAGUUUGGUGAUUGCAGGCCAGAGAAGCCUGGUCUGUUUGGAAUUCCACAGGAAAGACCUGAGCUGUGA